AUGGCGACAAGUUCAGGCUACACGCAAUUAGAGCCAUCGUUGUCUCAGAUUCGCCUACUCCACCUACUACCCCUACAGACCAACAAUCACCACCAAUCAUCAGCACCAUGGCAUCAAUGCGUCAACCUAGAAUGCACCUUCGAGACAGUGCAUCUGGCCAGCGCUCCACCCUAUGAAGCCCUAUCAUACACAUGGGGCGAUGAACCCGCCUCUGUUCGCAUUCUUCUGAACGGAAAGGAACUUCUUGUUCGGCCCAAUCUAGCCUACGCCUUGGCUGCUCUGCGUACCUCGGAGCCUCGCGUGCUAUGGGUUGACGCACUAUGUAUAAACCAAAAAGACACCAUGGAGCGCAAUCAUCAAGUCGGGAUGAUGGGCGGCAUCUUCCGUCGAGCAGACCGAGUGUUGGUCUGGCUUGGAAGACCCAGCUCAAACUGGGACUCAUCAGUUGCGGGCGCCCUCCAAAUGGCGAAGAGAAUUGGAGAAAACCCUCCGACUUGCAAACUUCCACCACCUCCACCUCAGCCAAGCCCUCAUAACGAUUCACAAUUUAUCGACUGGAUCAAUCUAUUCCCAGAAGAGAUCGAACCACGAACGGACAAGGAAGAAAAUGAGAAACGUCUAUUCGAGUCACGCAUAUUACAUUGGCGAACAUGCCAAAAUCAUGAAUGUCCAUGCUGGCACGAAGACAGAAAGGAACGUGUGAAAACAGAACGUGAGAAGAGUACAUCGAAAUGGCAGGAUCGUCUGGACAAGCAACGCAGGCGAUGGCGAGAUGUGAAGGAGGAGCAUGCACAAUACAAACGGCGAGUGGAAAGACUCCCCGCCAUGAUCCAGGACAGACAAACAGACCUCCCAUUCUUGGCGCCCAUGGAAGAAGAUCUCAAGAAGCUCGGAGCUGAAGAGGUCAAACAACAGGAGUUGCUCAACAAACUAAGGAGGAAGGAGAUUCAGCACCUCGACUUAUUACAGGCACCUCAGCAGCGGCUUGUACAGGACUUCCAAGAUGCUCAACUGCGAGCCUACCAGGAAUUGGACAAUGCAAACCUUCAAAAGUCGCCAGAAGCUGGAGUGGAUCCUGAAGGUGGAAAGAAAACUCGUCCUAUCGCCCGCGUUUCUGGCCAGGUUGAUCAAGACGAAGGAGAGAUCGACAGGUUGUUCCGCGAGAUACUAGCCGAUCUGGGAGAUUUCCAGCGAUCAAUUUAUAAUUUUCGCAAAAAGGUCCGGGAAGAUCUGACAUCUCCACUCCUGAGAGAGAGGAUUUCUCGACUUAACAAGAUGCAACAACUGGAUAUGGAUCAGCGACGCGGCCUAGCCAAGUUACGAGACCGAUUACAGGAAUGGGAACAGCCAAUAGACAGAAGAUACGCAACAGGUCAGCAACUGCUUCAAUCACAAGUUGGACGAUUUGAACAACAAGUCAAAACUUGGGAGAGUCUUCAAAACGAGCAGAUCGAAGAUUUUGGGGACUUGCCCAAGUUCAUCGCCAAGCAAUACGAAUCAUUACAGAGCUUUGCGGAUCUCGAGGAGACCAAGUUACGCCAGGGGAGAGACUCGACAGAUGCACUAGUGCUCAGCAACAGCAUGGACGAGUUUUUAACCGAAGACGAAUUGCAUAUCUCAGAAAGUGUGAAGAGGAUUAAAAAGGACAUACUCAAACAACAGUUUGUCCUGCGAAGUACAGAGCUGAGGAGGUGGAAAAUCGAGUUGGUUCUUCAGCAAUGUGGCAGAUGGCGCUCAAGCGUAUACGAGAUGAAAAGGAAGCAUCGCGUCAAGCACGAGCUCCCAGAAGAAUCCAUCAACGCUCAGCGUGAAUGGAUCCGACUUUGGAAGGACAUGUCAGCGUGGCAAGCCAAGGAGUGGCACGAUAUUGUCUUUGCUGAGACCGACACAUCUUUCGGUUUACCAAAUCUCGACCUUCUCAGCCUGGAGGCGAUUUGCCGCUUGCCAUACUGGAGACGGCUUUGGAUAGUUCAAGAGGUGCUCUUGGCGAAAGAGUUGGUUUUGUGUUUCGGAGACAACGCCAAGACUACCACAUCUUGGGAUCUAUUCACAAAAGCCAGAGAGUCCUUGGAGCGGGUACCCAGCUUUUGGCAAUUCAAGCCAGUUGUCAGCGCAUCGUUGAAGGAGAUCAAGAAUGCCUUCCCCCUUCGCCUCGACAAACUACGGCAGGAUACCGGGCAAUGCUGGUCAUUGCACAACCUUGUGGAUAUUACCAUGGACUCCUUGUGUCAUGAUCCUAGAGAUAAGAUAUAUGGUCUUCUUGGUAUUACAAGCGGUUUCAAGUUUGGAGAUUUCGACAUCAGAUACCAAGAUGCGGUGGAGCAUGUUUACCGGAACGCCAUUUCAUGGUAUCAUUCGAAGCACGGCGAGGAUGCAAACUCUCCCAAUCUGGUGAGAUUUAGCCAGCUUUUGCAAUUGUCGCUCAAGAGCCACCAAGACAAGUCAAGCUCGAAUGCUACGACAUCAAGCUCGAAUGCCACGACACCAAGCUCAAAUGCCACGACACCAAGCUCAAAUGCCGAUACACAAAGCCCGAAUGCCGUUCCACCCCCAAUCCCUCUUGAUAUGAAUCUUUUAUCUGGAUACACGGAUGAUUUCUGCAUAAAGAGAAUGCUUGGUAGCCCUAUUCUGCCAAUUGACAAAUUGAUAGGGGACAAGGCCUUGAUGCAGACACGACAUCGGGACUGGAUCAGUACUCUAGUCGAGUAUUUCGAUGAUUCAGGGUUUCGGGGGCCAAAGACAGCCAUCGAAGAGGAGCUGCUGUAUCUUGACUCGAUCAGUACAACUUUGUCCCUGCCGACGUCUUCGGCAUACGCGGUUGUAGAUGACUGCAUGUCUGACAAACCCGGCCCGCCGAUACAUUCCUCCCUUGACAUACCAGGACAAGGGCAAGAACCACUUUUCUUCGUUACUCUCGAAGGCGAAUUCGGUAUCUCGUCAACUUGUGUUAGAGAGGGUGAUCUCUUGUGCAGGUUCCCGGGCUCAACUUUGGGUGUGAUUCUUCGUCGACGAAACGGUCGGUACGAGUUGGCCAGCAAAGCGAUCAUGUCGUCCAUCACGAAAACAAGCACUUCCAAUGUUGAUGGCGAAACGUCACUUGAACGCCCGGUAGAUUUCUCGAAUGAUUCGAUUCAGAGCCAUUCAGUGACUAAAGGCGAGAGUUCUCAGACUGUGCAAUUGAUGCUUGACAUCGCAUCAAUACUAUCCCUUACAACUCCUCUGGAAAUUGUCAGCAAGCACGAGACACGACAGCCUCUUUAUAUUCAAGAAACCUCAUUCGACUGGGACGAGUUCAUCGCUUCGGGUUGUGAUGUAGCUCCUAGCCCUCCAAGUCAAAAGCAAGUAGCUCAGACACCCAAUGACCCACUAGAGAUUGAGCAGGAACCAGCACCCACGAUUACUACAACGUUUACGGUGAGGACCAGGGUGUUCUCAUCGGAACUGACCCACAACAUGUCGAAACUCUUAUCGGGCGCACCCAUGGUCAGCCUGGAUAUCAACGAGACAUACACGGAAUUGAGCUAUCCUGACCCCACAACUCUUUGGUCUAAGGCGCCCGUCAAUCUCCGGUCUGACAAGCCAGUCAAUGUGCCCACCACAGUGACAAACCCGCAAGAAGAGACUCAUACCUCGAAGCCACGCACCUUCAAGCUGUCAGUAUCCCUUAAGCGACUUGGAUCUAAACCAAAGAUUGGAGCAUUGGAAGCACCGACAGAUCGGUCGACACCAGAUUGGCAGGGAGGAAAGAUACUCCAGGCAAUAAGUGGGUGGUGGAAUCGCUAA